AUGGAAUACGAGAUCUCCGAAAUCCGACAGGCGAUUGUGAUAGCCGACUCGUACAAUGAGAAUUUCCAACCGUUCACCGGCACAACGCCUCUGGCCCUGCUACCGAUCGUGAACGUACCCAUGAUCGAGUAUACGCUGGAGAACCUCAACCAACAUGGCAUCGAGGAGGUGAUCAUAUUCUGCUGCAAGAAAACCGACCAAAUCAAACGUUUCGUUCAUCAACGGCAGCAAGAGCAAUGCAGCUGGUCAAUCAACAUGACGAUCACGUUCAUCAGCUCCGUAACGUGCAGGUGUAUCGGGGAAGCGAUGCGUGAUGUGGAAGCACGCCGCAUGAUUCGAGGAAAUGUGCUCCUACUCGGUGUCGACAGUCUCACCAACAUCAACGUUCGAGAUCUGUUGGAGGCGCAUAAGCGUCAGAUGAAGCGCGACCGCGGAACUGUCAUGACCGUCGUGUACAAGGAGUCCCACCCUCGGAUACGUAGCGGCAACGAGGUAGUGAUUGCGAUCGAGCCGAAAACGAAGCGCCUGCUCUUCCACCAACGGGUACUCUCGAAAGACCGCAAAAUUCAGGUGCCGGCGAGGGUGUUCACCGGGAACCGGGAAGUAAAUGUGCGGCGUGACAUCAUCGACCCGCAAAUUGCGGUGUGCAGUAACGCGGCGUUGCCGCUGUUUGCGGACAACUUUGACUUCCAAACUCGGGACGAUUUCUUGGAGGGCGUGCUGGUCAACGAGGAGAUUCUGAAUAGCCGCAUCUACGUGACGAUGGCUGGUGACAAGGAUUACGGUCUACGGAUAAACAACUGGCAGAGCUACCAUUUCGCCAGUCUGGAUGUAAUUAAUCGCUGGACGUAUCCAUUGGUGCCCGAUAUGUGCAUCGGUAACUUGAGCAAACAAUAUGAGUACAGUAACAACAACGCGUAUAUCCACGUGAAAGCCACCGUGACCCGAUCGAGCGUGGUGGACGACAACGUUGUCAUUGGGGACAGAAGUGACGUCAAGGACUCGACCAUAGAAUUAUCGGUCAUUGGGCCACAUUGUCGUGUGGGACGGAACUGUAACAUCACUCACAGCUUUGUGAUGGAGGGCACGGACAUCGGCGACGGAUGCGUGCUCGAUCACUGCAUCAUCGGGAAGUUUGUGAAGCUGGGUGACGGCUGUCAUAUCGGUCCCGGGACCGUUCUUGGCGAGAGGGUGGAGAUUCCGGCUGGCAAAUCAAUCAAGGGGUUACUGCUGCAGGCAAACCCACCAGAAGACGAGUGGGGCGGAGAUUCGGACAAGAUCUUCGAACGGGCAUACACCGUGCCAAUCGAGGAGGAGGAAUCGGACGAUGAUUCGGACGCGCCUGAAAUGCCCGAGGAUCCGAACCCACCGGUUACGAUUGCACCGCUGCCUUUGCAUAAUCAAUCCGACACCAGCAUGGACUCGGACGUUGAGGAACAGGUCAAACCGCCGUCCCCGAUACUGGAUGACGCCAACAUCUUCUUCUCUGAGGUGCUUGAGUCGCUAUUGCGCGGUUACACCGAAAAGACAAACGCCGAGUACCUGAUACUCGAGGUCAAUUCGUCCCGCUACGCUUAUAACAUGGCGCUGUGCGAGGUGAACUACUAUGUCGUGAAGGCGAUGCUGCAAAUUAUGCUGCAGCAGGACGGCGUGGCGAAGAAUACGGUGGGCAUGCUGCGCCGGCUUCUAGCCUACUUCGGUCUCGUGUUCCGAAACUAUAUCCGCAAUAAAACCGCCAUGAUGGACUGCCUGAAAGCGAUCGAGGAUACGUGCGAGACGAGUGAUACGAUUCGGGCGAAGAUUCCUCAGCUGGUGCAUUAUUUGUACGAACAGGAGCUAUUGGAGGAGGAUGUCAUCAUCAAGUGGUACGACGAGAUCGAAGACGAAACGAUUAAAUCGACCCUUGACGAGCUGGUGGGAUGGUUGAAGGAGUCCAGUGAUGAGGAUGACGAUUAAAAUGUGUUGUAAAAAUACAAAUUGUAAACAUAUAAGAAAAUAAAGUGAAACAAUUUCUAGCUGUAU